CAUUUGAGCAGUCCUCUGCCUCCAUCUCUUCGUUGCACCGAGUAAUACUCCCUCAUUGGUUAGGUCACUCUACCGCGGGACCAUGGCGAGCAUUCUGCGCGACAUCCGGAGUUCGCAGCGAGCGGACGGGCCUGCGGCUGUGCUCUCAAUCGGCACAGCAAACCCCCCCGACUGCGUGUCCCAGGACGAGUAUCCGGACUACUAUUUCCGCAUCACCAAGAGUGAACAUCUCACUGACCUGAAACAGAAACUCAAGACAAUGUGUCAGAACACGGGCACAAAGAAGCGUUUCUUCCACCACACGGAGCAGCUGCUCGGAGCCCACCCUCAUUUCCUUGACCGCGGGAAACCAUCCCUCAACGACCGGCUAAAAAUCGCAGCCGUCGCUGCUCCAGAGCUAGCUGCGACCGCUGCAGCGAAGGCCAUAGCAAAGUGGGGCCGCUCAGUCACCGACAUCACCCACCUCAUCGUCAGCAGCAACUCGGGCGCCCAUGCCCCGGGCAUCGACCUCCGCUUGGCUUCCAUUCUCGGGCUCCGCUCGUCCGUCUGCCGCACGAUGCUCCACCUCAAUGGCUGCUCCUCAGGUUCCGCCGCGUUGCGCCUCGCCAAGGACAUGGCCGAGAACAACCGUGGCGCACGCGUCCUGGUGGCCUGCGUCGAGCUCACGGUCGUCGCCUUCCGUGGCCCCGAAGAGGCCUACCCCCACACUCUCGUUGGCCAGGCAUCGUUCGGUGACGGAGCGGGCGCGGUCAUCGUCGGCGCUGAUGCCGUGCGCCCCAUCGAGCGUCCGCUCUUCGAGAUGGUAUCUGUCUCGCAGACCGUGAUACCAGACACCGACCAUGUGCUCACCGUGCAGCUCACUGAAGGCGGCAUCGACGGGCAUCUUUUAAGCAGGGAGCUGAUACCAAUAGCAGGACAGAACAUCGAACAGUGUUUGUCGGAUGCGUUCGGGCCGCUUGGACUCGGCGUCGAUUGGAACGACCUCUUCUGGGCGGUGCACCCUGGCAUCCGUGCAAUCUUGGACCAGAUUGACAAGGCACUCCGGUUAGAGCCGGGAAAGUUGGCAGCGAGCUUUACCGUGCUAAGAGAGUAUGGAAACAUGCUUGGCGCGACGGUGAUCUUUGUGCUCGAUGAGCAACGGCGGCGAAUGGAGGAGGAAGAAGGGGGUGAGUGGGGUGUACUGAUGGGGUUUGGACCGGGGUUCACUGUUGAGACCAUGGUGCUGCGUGCUACUAGUGAUCUCAAGAAAAAAUAGCACUCCGCAUUGAGACAGUGGUAUCAACAUAAAGUCAGUGAUCAAGCAUUGUAGUCUUUUAGUUAAGUUACUAUUACAUCCUUGUGUUUACUCUUGAAACUUCAGAUCUAGUCACCUCUUGGUGGUUCUAUGCCGAUGUUCCUAAAAGAACCUGGAUCCAAAGUUAUGGAAAAUAAAUGGCUUGAGUAAA